UUGAAACAAAACAUAAAAUCGCGAACUACUCUCUGGAGUAUAAUUAAGGAACAAAAAUAUAAAAGAAAAAUAAUUUCAAAUAAAAAUAUUGAAAAAGGAUAUAAAAUUAAAUUUAAUAUAAAAAGAAAAGAAGAAAAAUUAUAAAAAGAGGAAAAAGACAUGUAAAAAAUAAUUUUUUUUUGUAUCCUAAAACGAAAAAAUAGAAAGAAUCUCUUGUGCUUCUUUUCAUUUAUAAAUUUUCAUAAUUUCAUUUCUCUUAUGGAUAACUACAGUUUUUAUAACAAAAAUUUAUUAAAUUUCUCUAAGCAAAAAUUGUAUUCUGAAAAUAAACGAAACAAAUUAUAAACUUUAUUACAAAAAUUAAAAAUAUUCUUUUAAUAAAUUAAAAAAAACGAAGAGAAAAGAAUUUAGUGAACAGAAUUAAUUUUAUGUAUGUAUAUGUACAAGUAUUUUUAAUAAUUAAAUAUUUUAAUUAGUUUAUUUAUAAAUACUCUUAUAUUACAGAAUAUUAAUGAAUUAUAAAAUAUUUUGUAUAGUUAAGAAAGAAAUAAAAAUUUUUAAUUUAAUUUAAUUAAUGAUGCCAAUCAGAUUAUAAUAAAUUACCAACUAUUCUAAAUAGAAAUUUUUCAUACGCAUACAUUAUAAUAUAAAGUUGUAUUUAUUUAUAUAUUUACAUACUCAAUUAAAAUACACGGAUUGUAUAUAAAUUUUCAUCCUUAUUGUGAAUAUCCUUUUUUUAUCUUAAUAAUACCUGUGUUCUGCCAGAGAGAAAUUUUUUUUCUUUUUUCCAUAACGAGUGCACAACAAGAAAAAACAAUAAAAAUAGAGAAAAAAGGAAAUUUCAUUUUUGCUUUAUUGUUUUAAUAAUUUCUUUUAGUUUCACUUCUUUUUCUGUAUAUGUAUAUUUUUAAUGAAAAGCAAAUAAAGUUAUCAUAAAUAUUAUACUGUAAGCGAAAUACAUAAAAAACGACAGCAAAGAGCAUAAGCAGCAGAAAAAAAGCAAAUUUUCAUUGUUAAUAGAAAAAAAUUAUAAACAUAAUAGGAUAACAAAAAAAUUGUUAGUAACAUCAUCACCGUGUUACAUUAAACCGACUUUGCACUCAGAUUAAAAAUACAAAAAAAAAAUAAACACAAAAAAAAAAUACUAAAUUACCUAUGUAAGGAAUCAGAUGUACUUGAAGUAAAUUUGUUAAAUGUAUGUUGUAGGAAUUUAUAUGUGACGGUAUAUACCCAUAGAAAUAAUUAAGGAAAAUAGAAAAAUUCAAAAAUAAAAGAAGAGAAAAAAAACAAAAAAAAGUCAGAGGAAAUUAAAAUAGAAAAGCAAAACAAAAAAAGGAAAAAAUAACAAAAUGAAAUGAAAUUCUUUCCUAUGGAAUAAAAAAAAAAGUAUAAUGUGAAAUGAUACAUAUUAAUAUGUAUAUAAUAUGUAUAUAUGUGUGUACGUAUAUGUGCAUAAUUUAAAUAUAAAUUAGAGUGAUAACAAUAUAAUAUAUGCAUAUGUAGAUAUGAGCAUAUAAAAAAUAUAAGUAAGUUGGUAAACGUUUAUGAAAACAAAAAUGUAUUGAAGCUUAACAAAAAAUAGUAAAGAAAAUAACAAAAGUAAUAAAACAAGAAAAAAAAAAGAAAUGCGGAAAUGAACUUAGAAUAAGAAGUGAAAAAAAAAUUUAAAGGAAUACGUUAUACAUAUACAUAUGUAUAUGUCUGCAUAGCUAUAAAACAUAAUAAAAUAUAAGAAAAGCAAUCCUUACAUCACAUUUGGAGAAACAAGACGGUGGUGUUCCAACUAUUUUUCAUUCACUUACACGAACGCAUAUAUCAAAGCAAAAAUACAAAAAAAUUAAAGGAAACAAAAGUUGAAAAAAAAAUUAAGCAGUUAUACACAAUGCAAGAAUAUUUUUGUUACGUGCUGUUUGCAGUUUUGAUUCUAUUCGCCCAUAUUAACAAUGGUAAAUCACAACUACAUAGCUCAUAUAUGACACAACAUGAAUCUAGUAAUACACAAGAGAUAGCACCAAAAUUCUUAUCUAGAGGUCAUCUAUAUAAAGUAAUAAUAGGUGAAACAAUAGAACUCCCAUGUAAAGUUCAAAAUUUAGGUUCCUAUGUAUUAUUAUGGAGGAAAGGCACAUCAGUGCUGACAGCUGGAAAUUUAAUGAUAACAAGAGAUCCCAGAUUUCAAAUAGUAAAUGAUUAUAAUUUACAAAUAAAUAGUGUUAAAACUCAAGAUGCUGGUGAUUAUAUAUGCCAAUUGGGUGAUCAAGAGAAUCGUGAUCAGGUACACACUGUAGAAAUAUUAGUUCCACCGACAUUGCGAGCUUUACCUCAUAAUGGCCAAGUAACAGCAAGAAAAGGAAGCACUGUAACAUUAGAAUGUAAAGCAUCUGGUAAUCCAGUACCAACAAUAUAUUGGUAUAAAAAAGAUAUGUUUUCGGGUCCAACACAUUUAUCGGAUAGUUCAACUUUAAUAUUAGAAAAUGUGGACCGACAUCACGCAGGAAUAUAUCAAUGUUCAGCUGAUAAUGGUGUUAAAGAACGUGUAUCUAUGGAUAUUCAAUUGACAAUUCUUUCACCGCCGGAAAUUACUGUUGAGAAAUCAUGGGUUCAUGCAGCUGAAGGUUAUGAUAUUGAGUUGGUAUGUACCGUACAUGGUGAUGUGAAUUCUGAGAUGCUUUGGUACCAGAAUUCAUUUCUCUUGGAUCCAACAGAUCGAAGGUCUAUGCAUUCAAGAGAUGAUAGAUAUAGUUUAACAAUACGACAUUUUCAACAUUCAGAUUUUGGAAAUUAUAGUUGUGUUGCUGAUAAUGCAUUAGGCCGAACAAAAAAAUAUAUAGAAGUUUCGGGGCGACCUGGUCCAGCUGAAUUUAUUUCUCCAGCAACCAGUGGUGCUCUAGAUCAUUAUAAUAUGACAUGGACAAUUGAAUCUAUACCACCAUUGGAAGAAAUAAAAAUAUUAUAUAGAAGACUUCUGAUGAAUGAAACCUAUCAGCAUCCAGAUAAAUGGCAUGAAAGUUUUUAUACACCAACACCAGUACGUUUAGAUGCUAGUCACUAUAUAAUGUCACAUGUAAUUCGUAAGCUAGAACAUAAUGCGGUAUACGAGGCAAUUGUUCAAGCUAAAAAUCGAUAUGGUUGGAAUGAGAUUAGUGACAUUCAUCAGUUCUACACUAAGAAUCAUGAUCUGCUCUUAGAUAUCGAUAUGGAAUACAAAAUGGGAAUAUCAAAAGCAACUAAAUUUCCUCAAAAUACUUUAGUUUAUAAAAUAAAUGUAUUUGUAUUUGUUUAUACAAUUUUAUUUAUAUUAUCGUUGAUUAGUUUUUCGACGUCGAUGAACAUUACAACAGAAACAACAUCUACAACUGCAAUAACAAUAUCAACUUCAUUAUUACUAACAUUAAUUCCAGAACCUUCAUCAUCAUCAUCAUCCACAAUUAUGUUAUCAUAAAUAUAAUCCAUAUUUUUAUACGUAUAUGCAUAUGUAUAUAUGUUACAUGUAUUAUUAAAAUAAUAUUUUUUU